ACAUAAGCUUACCUUAACUUCUUCGCGAGCUUAAAAUUUCUCCGCCUCUCUCUCUCUCUCUCUCUCUCUCUAAAAGUUUUCUCCGUUCACGUUCCGUUCUUUCUCCGUUAAGUAAUCCAAAUGGUGUUUUGUUUGCUUCUCAUUUAGUAGUUUUCACUACGCUGUCGUUUCGAAUGCUGGAAUUUUAACAGAAUCUCACCACUAGCGGUCUGCCGUUACCGGAAAACCACUCUGUUCCAAUUCCUGAUGUACAUAACCUAAACCAAUGGGCUGUGUUCUCGGAAAGUACACCGCCAGGCGUCGCCAGAGUCGUGGAGGAUCCUCCGACCGUGGCCAGAGCUCCGAUGAACAAACCGUCACCGUCACCGAAGCCGUUAACGCCGCAGUGAGGGUUAAGAGGGAGGAAACAGCAACGAUAACUUCAACAUCAACAACAACGCAGAGGCAGAAGGCAACAAGGGACACCGGCGAUUUCCAGGUGGAGGAUGUUCAGGGGGGGACGGAACGCCGGAGGCCACGCCCCGAAGCUAGUCUGAAGUGCCAGCAAGGGUGGCCGUCGUGGUUAAUGGCGGUCGCCGGUGAUGCCAUCGGCGAUUGGACACCUCGCCGAGCUAACACGUUUGAGAAACUUGAUAAGAUUGGGCAAGGGACGUAUAGCAAUGUGUAUAAAGCAAGGGAUUUAAUAACAGGAAAGAUAGUGGCUUUAAAGAAAGUGAGGUUUGAUAAUUUAGAGCCAGAGAGUGUUAAAUUUAUGGCAAGAGAGAUUCUUGUUUUAAGAAGAUUAGAUCAUCCAAACGUGCUUAAGAUUGAAGGUUUGGUUACGUCAAGAAUGUCAUGUAGUCUGUACUUGGUUUUUGAGUACAUGGAACAUGAUCUUGCCGGGCUGGUGGCACGCCAAGGGGUCAAGUUCACUGAGCCUCAGGUCAAGUGCUACAUGACGCAGUUGUUAUCUGGGCUUGAGCAUUGCCACAACCAUCGUGUUUUGCACCGGGAUAUCAAGGGUUCCAAUCUGCUUAUUAACAAUGAUGGAGUUCUAAAAAUUGCUGAUUUUGGACUGGCUACUUUCUAUGAUCCAGAUCGCAAGGUUCCAAUGACCAGUCGAGUUGUCACCCUCUGGUACCGCCCCCCUGAACUUCUUCUUGGGGCCACUAGUUAUGGUGUUAGUGUUGACCUCUGGAGUGCUGGAUGCAUUUUGGCUGAGCUACUUGCUGGAAAGCCAAUAAUGCCUGGACGGACAGAGGUCGAACAACUACAUAAGAUAUUUAAGCUAUGUGGCUCUCCAUCCGAGGAAUAUUGGAAGAAAUCCAAAUUGCCAAAUGCUACACUUUUUAAACCACAGCAACCAUACAAACGAUGUAUAGCAGAAACCUUCAAGGACUUCCCCGCUUCUUCUCUGCCUUUAAUUGAAACUCUUCUUUCGAUAGAUCCUGAUGAUCGAGUCACUGCCACUGCAGCUCUAAAUAGUGAAUUCUUCACCACCGAACCUUAUGCGUGUGAGCCGUCGAGUUUGCCUAAGUAUCCGCCCAGUAAAGAAUUGGAUGUGAAGUUGAGAGAUGAAGAAGCAAGAAGGCAAAGGGGCCUUAGUGGAAAAGCUAAUGCUGUUGAUGGUGCCAGAAGAGUAAGAAUACGUGAUCGGCCUGGUCGGGCAAUCCCAGCUCCAGAGGCCAAUGCAGAGAAUCCAGCAAACUUAGAUAGAUGGAGAGCCAUGACACAAGCAAACGCUAAGAGCAAGAGUGAGAAAUUCCCACCUCCUCAUCAGGAUGCAGCAGUUGGACAUCCCAUGGACGCAUCACAUAAAGGUGGCCCUGUUUCAUUUGGUCCAUCAGAUUCUUCCUUUAGUUCAUCGAUAUUCGAUUCAAAAUCAUCAUCUAUUAAAAGUGCUGGAGCCAUUGGAGGUCCUUCCAGGAGAAUAAAAACCAAUAAAGAAGACCUCCAGAUGGCUCCAUCUCGAAAAUUUAUCCGUCCGUUUAAUCCAUCAUCAGUCGGGCUAUCAAUGAAUCAGUUAUUCAAGGGUAAAUCGGAGGUUUUUGGCAAUCGGAGGUAGCAACAAUCAUGGUGUGAAACUUUUCCUUUUGGGUUAGGUGUUUAGUUUUCAUUUUGGUUCUUAAAUGCCUCUUGUUUUUGUUUUACAAUUAUUGCUUCCAUUUGUUGUACCUCUCAUCAUAUAAAGUGCAUAAUCUACACAACAGAGGCCAUGGCGAGCCAGUCUAUAAUCCACUCCACUCUUCUUGUACAGUUGUUGGAAGUGGACGUUUUCCAAGUUAA